UGGUGAAGGGAGGAGGAUCAGCAGAAAGAAAAGAUGUCAGCCGCGUCCUGUGGCAGAGGACCCGCUUGGGGUUAUGGAAUCGCUGACUCUGGAGCAGAGACGAAGGACCUUGAGUAGUGUCCCCUGAGUUACAGGUUGGAAUAAACUUGCCUAGCUUCGCGUGCUAGGAGCUCCCAAGUUCAUCCGCGAGCAGGCUCGACAAGAUGCAGAGCUGAGCGCUGGGCUCCUGCUGGCACUGGGCGCAAGCGGCGAGGGAGGGGGCGGGCGCGCAGGUCCCGCCUCCCCUGGCCGCGUGCACACACACGCCCACCGCGGCUAUGCUGGUGGAGCGCGGGCGAGUGUGAGCGCGAAUGUGCGCACGCCGCGGGAGCCACUCUGCCCUCUCCUCGCACCCUGCACAGGGCAUCUCGAGAGCCUGGAAACGUGAACAGGCUUAAAGUAUGGCAUGUUGCAAAGAUGGUUUCUGUCCAGAAGGUACCCGCGAUUGCGCUGUGCUCCGGGGUCAGCCUCGCCCUCCUGCACGUCCUGUGCCUGGCGGCUUGUUUAAACGAAUCCCCAGGACAGAACUCAAAGGACGAGAAAUUGUGCCCGGAAAAUUUUACCCGUAUCCUGGACAGUUUGCUGGAUGGUUAUGACAACAGGCUGCGUCCUGGAUUUGGGGGUCCUGUUACAGAAGUGAAAACUGACAUAUAUGUCACCAGCUUUGGACCCGUUUCUGAUGUUGAAAUGGAAUACACAAUGGAUGUGUUCUUCAGACAGACAUGGAUUGACAAAAGACUAAAAUAUGAUGGCCCCAUUGAAAUUUUGAGGUUGAACAAUAUGAUGGUCACCAAAGUUUGGACCCCUGAUACUUUCUUCAGGAAUGGAAAGAAGUCUGUCUCACAUAAUAUGACAGCUCCAAAUAAGCUUUUUAGAAUUAUGAGAAAUGGCACUAUUUUAUACACAAUGAGACUCACCAUAAGUGCGGAGUGUCCCAUGAGGCUGGUGGAUUUUCCUAUGGAUGGUCAUGCCUGCCCUUUGAAAUUUGGGAGUUAUGCAUAUCCCAAGAGUGAGAUGAUCUAUACUUGGACCAAAGGCCCUGAAAAGUCAGUGGAGGUGCCAAAGGAGUCUUCUAGUUUAGUUCAAUAUGACCUAAUUGGACAGACUGUAUCAAGUGAGACUAUCAAAUCUAUUACAGGUGAAUACGUCGUUAUGACAGUUUACUUCCACCUCAGACGGAAGAUGGGCUAUUUUAUGAUUCAGACGUAUAUCCCCUGCAUCAUGACAGUGAUCCUUUCUCAAGUUUCCUUCUGGAUAAAUAAGGAGUCUGUUCCAGCUAGAACUGUGUUUGGGAUAACCACAGUCCUCACGAUGACCACCCUAAGCAUCAGUGCUCGGCAUUCUUUGCCUAAAGUGUCCUAUGCGACUGCCAUGGAUUGGUUCAUAGCUGUCUGCUUUGCUUUUGUAUUUUCGGCUCUUAUUGAGUUUGCUGCUGUCAACUAUUUCACCAACAUUCAAAUGCAAAAAGCCAAAAAGAAGACAUCAAAGCCUCCUCCAGAAAACCCAGCUGCUCCUGUGCUGAAAGAAAAACAUGUAGAAGCAGCUCUGCAGAAUACACAAGCCAAUUUGAACAUGAGGAAAAGAACAAAUGCCUUGGUCCAGUCAGAAUCGGAUAUCAACAUCAGAACUGAGGUGGGAAACCAUUCUAGCAAGACCACGGCGGUCCAAGAAUCUUCGGAAGCCACACCUAAGGCCUACUUAGCUUCCAGUCCAAAUCCGUUCAGCAGAGCAAACGCAGCUGAGACUAUAUCCGCAGCAGCAAGACGUCUUUCAUCGGCAGCAUCUCCCACUCCUCGCGGGGCAUCGCGACCAGCGGCUUCUACUCGCCCUGCGUUUGGAUCCAGACUCGGGCGAAUUAAGACCACAGUUAAUACCACAGGGGCAGCUGGGAAUGUACCAUCUACACCUGCUCCCUCCGCUCCGCCACCUUCCGGAUCUGGAACAAGUAAAAUAGACAAAUACGCUCGCAUUCUCUUUCCAGUCACAUUUGGGGCAUUUAACAUGGUCUACUGGGUUGUUUAUUUAUCUAAGGACACCAUGGAGAAAUCGGAAAGUCUAAUGUAAUUUUGUUGCUACAGUAAUUUCGUAAAAGAUGACGGAAAUACAGACUGUCUUUUUAAAAUGUUUUUAAAGAUAAGUAUUCUUUACUAAAAUAAAAACUCACUGUAAUUUUUUCAAUUAAAAAUACAAGUCAGAUAUGGAGAGAGUUAAUUAAUUCUUCAGUGGCUAGAAAGUGAACCAUCUUUCCUUAGAGAAAGAUGGUUUUAAAAAGAAUCUAUUCACUGUUCAAAUUGGAUGGAAUACAGACCAUUAUGGAAAGUUGGAACAAGAAAAAUAGGGCUGAAAGAGAUACAUGAUGCAUAUUUUUGCAUUGAAUUUUUUUAAACAAGGGGGACUGUGAUAUUUUUAAAUACACCCUAUGAAAUCAACUAGUCAACAAUUCCCAUUGGUACUGCCCUUAACCAAAAUUGUGUGCUGGAGGUCAUAAGCUGUGACCUUUGCAGUACUUCUUAGUUUCUGCAAGAAAGGACUUCCUCUGAUAAACAAAGCACUGGGAAGAGAAAAACAGAACAAAACAAACACUGAUCAAUACAGCGAAGCCUCUCCUGCAUCAAUAACAGACACUGAGCAGGGCAAAUGUGUUUUCUGCCACAUAAUUGGCCAAAGGAUACUUAACAGUUGACUUGAAAUGUUGUGCUCUGAGCCAAAGUUAAACCCAUUAUAUAAAUUCUUUUUUCCUAGUAGCUCAUUCAGUUAUGUACUGUACACGGUCACCACAUA